UUGAUUUAGCUAUUGCUCGUUUUCUGUACCAAUCUAGUGUGCUGUUUUUUAACAAACAUGGAAAUAAUAGACACCGAUAUUAGACCAUGGGACGCGAACGACGUGAAGGAACAAUUUGGAGACAGCCUCACAUUGCUGCCAUCGAACGACAACAUAAAAGAGCUCCAAAGUAUUCUUCGAGACAAGUGAGAAACACAACAAGAAGUGAUUUCAAGUUUUAUGCAGACCGUCUGAUUCGACUUGUUAUUGAGGAGAGUUUGAAUAAUCUGCCGUUUACUGACUGUGAGGUCGUCACACCCACGGGAGCUCUGUAUAAGGGCCUCAAAUAUGGCGCAGGAAACUGUGGCGUGUCUAUUGUGAGGUCAGGGGAGGCUAUGGAACAGGGUCUCAGAGACUGCUGUCGCUCUAUUCGAAUUGGCAAAAUCUUAGUUGAGAGUGACACGGAUACCCAUGAAGCGCAUGUAGUUUAUGCUAAGUUCCCUGAAGAUAUAGCAAGAAGGCAAGUGUUGCUAAUGUAUCCAAUUAUGUCUACUGGCAACACGGUCAAACAGGCUGUCAAUGUUUUAACUCAACAUGGAGUGAAAGAAGAACGGAUCAUCCUAUCCAACCUCUUUUGCACCCCUGCGGCAGUACAAGCUGUGGUUGACUAUGUACCAAAGAUGAAGAUCUUAACGUCCGAGUUGCAUCCGGUUGCUCCAAACCAUUUCGGACAGAAGUAUUUUGGCACCGACUGAUAUGAGGAUGAGUAGAUCUAAAUAGAUGUAUAUGCUCUCAUGUGAGUAUGUAUUAGACUUCAUCAUAGGAGUAGGGAAUCAGAACAGAGGCUAAGCGUCAUACAAUUACAUUUCGUGGGUACAUAGGUAUUGCAUAACAUGCAGCAUAUGUGUGUAUGUUUACUAGCCACUUGUCGCGUACGCGCCGCAGCAGGAUAAAACCCUUUUACGCUCGCUCGGCCAGUAGACAAGCUGAGGGCUGCGCAACGACUGUCACAAUGUUUCACGCUCCUGCUCAGGAUUAAAUCGUUUUUAGUGGAAUAAAGUGUAAAUAGGUAGUAAAAAAAAGAGCAAAUACUUACAUUGGGAGGUGUACAUAUAAUAAAUGUUUUGUUUAUUUUAUUUAAAUCACUUUUGCCAACCCUACUAAAAUUGGUUAACGAUUUCGGACGCUUAGCCUCUGUUCCGAUUCCUACAUGUGCUUAUCAUUGACCAUAUACCUUGGGAGUACUGGCUCCAGUGUUAUUUCCAGGCUCAUUGGAUACCUAUGCACUUGACCACUACAAUAUACUGCAACUAUAAGUAUGUGGAAUUUCAAGAAGAUUAGAGGUAAUAAACAAACUCACUUUCGCAGUUAGGAUUAGGGAUAUUGACAUUGAUUGAUUUUCAAAAUCUGUCACAAGUCUAUUUCAAUUCAGGUUUAUAUUUCUUGAAAUAAAGAUAAGUUUAGUGAUACUCUAAAAUCAAUUUGUCCACUUAUCGACAAAUAAAUGAACUAAUGGAUAACCCAUUGGAUUAACCUUACUUGUUAAUGCAAGUCACAUUUGUUUAGGUAUGCUAAGAAAUAUUUAUAUUUUUUAGAUAUUUAAGCAUUUUAAAAGGUCUGAGUCAUAUUAUCUAAACAAAUACUUUAUGCAUGGUAAUUUAAUUUCCUUAUUUUUAUGAAAUUUUAUACUUUAGCCAGUUUAUUGUUAUUUUGCAAUGAAUAAAAUUAUUUAUUUCGAAAUUAGAUUAUUCAGUUUAAAAAAAAAUAGAGUACAUGUGAUAUAAAAAUGUAUAUAGCAUAUUAAUUUAGCAUAUGGAUUUAAUUUGUAUUUUAAUUUAGCUUCUACACAAAUAAACUUUGAUGAAAAGGUU